GAUACGUCACGUGAUGUUGUUGUUUACGCAUCCGACUAAUGCAACGAGGUCCAUCAUGGUGGCAAGAUGUCCCAAAAAAAUUAGAGAAAACAAUCAGGGUAAUGUAACAAAGUAAAAUCAAAAGUUAUUUAUAAAAAUACGGGACAGGAAAAUUUAUGUGACAAAGAAACUAUACAAACUUAGCAAUUCCAAUUAUAAAGACAAAGAAAUAUCAAUAAGAUGGAUUCAUACCAGAGAGAAAAAAAUAUGUUGUCAAACCAUGGGUAUAGUUCGCCUUACAAACAAAAACAAAUUGAAAAGAUGAAUGGAGAUCAACAUGUUGUAUCUUCGCCUGGCAUUCACAAUAGAAAAAGAGAAAAAGGUGUUGUUGAGAAACUGUUAAAUUCAUAUGGUUUUUUGGAAUGUUCAUCAACCAAUUAUCGUGUUUUUUUCCAUUACAGUGAAUAUGAUGGUGAUCCUAAUAAACUUGUUGUAGGAGAUUGCAUGGAGUUUUUACUCACUACUGACCAUCGUAAUAAUAAACCAUUAGCAGUUAAUUUAUCUAAACUACCUUCAGGUUCAGUUGUUAUUGAGACACUUAGUGAGGAAAUGUGCACUGGUAGAGUUGAAGUUGAGCCUAAAGUUUCAAAAAAUGCUGAUUCUGCAGAUAUAUCUACUUUAGGACGUGUUAGUUACGACAAAAACGGAGAAUUUUUUUUUCUUCCUUUUUCUAUAUCAGAUAUAGAGAAAGGAGAAAAAAUCAACAAAGGAGAUUACGUUUCAUUUAAUGUUGCAACAAACAAGCGCACAGGUUCAAUGAAAGCUCGUAAAUUAAGACUUAGUAGUACCCAACCACUUUUGAAAAUUGGACAGGGCAUUGUGAGCUCGUUAAAAGAAAAUUUUGGGUUUAUAGAGCGAGCUGACACAGUUGCUGAGAUUUUUUUUCAUUACAGUGAGUUUAAAGAUGAUAUCAAUGAACUUCUAAUUGGUGAUGAUGUUGAGUAUGAAUUACAAGAACGAGCAGGAAAAGAAACAGCUGUUAACAUAAAAAAGCUACCAACUGGAACUGUUGUUUUUGAAGAUAUUUCUCCAACACGUUAUAAAGGUCAUGUAAUAAAAGCAAUAUCUUCUUCACCAGGAACAAAUGUGGACGGUCAUUUAACAGGAAUGAUUGAGUAUCAAGGGAAAAAUGAUACACAUGAAAUCCUUUUUGGAGAUAGAGAUACUGAAGAUGAUAUUAUGUUGCAGAAAGGAGACAUAGUAGAGUUUAAUGUAUCAACUGAUCGUCGAGAUAAAUUACAACGUGCUGUCAACAUUAAACUAAUAUCUGUUUGUGUACCAAAUGGACACACCCGUGAUGUAGGAAUAAUCUCGAGUAUAAAAGAUGGCUUCGGAUUUAUAAAAUGUGCUGAACAAGAGCUCAGUAUUUUCUUCCAUUUUAGUGAAGUUCUUGAACAGUCUCGAGUGAUGAAUAUAGGUGAUGAAGUUGAGUUCACUAUUCAAAAUGAUGUGGUUUCCAAAAGACAACAUGCAACUCGAGUUCAUUUUUUACCUAAAGGUUCUGUUACAUUUGAAACUGUUUCCAGUAAACGGUAUGUUGGUAUCAUAGAACAAGAAGCUCCUCUUAUUAGGAACAUGAAAAGUCCCAACAAAGUCAAAGAACAAGAAAAUGGCUUUAUUCAAACUCAGAUAGGCGGUGUUCAAACUAAAGUUGCAUACUAUUUACGUGACUGUAAACUUAGGGAAACACCACAAUACCAAGAUAAAGUUGAUUUUAUUCUAGUAACAAAAAAAGCAAGCGGACAUCAUUUUGCUCGUGAUGUAAAUGUAUUAGAAAAAGCUGUUCAUCUUCUGCAGCAAGGUUAUGUCUGUGCUCUUAAGGAAUCAUUUGGAUUUAUUGAAGUAAGUUCUCAUGAGCGAGAACUAUUUUUUCACUUUAGCGCUGUUACUGAUGGUACUCCGCUUGAGCUAGGUGACUUAGUGCAAUUUACUGAAGUCAAAUCAGGGGAGAAAAUAAGUGCAGACAAUGUUACAAAGCUGCCACUAAGUAGUUUUACAGAAGAUGAUGUCACAUCGAAUGUUUAUGAAGGAACUGUAAUUAGACCAAUGAGAACGGUUGAUCCUGAUCAAAGCGAAUAUGAGGGCUUGAUACAGGUAUCUUCAUCUGAACUUGAAAAUGAUGAAAAAGAAGAAGUUUACCGCUUUGGUAUAACCAGCUUAGUUGAUAAAAAAGAACAACUGCAAGUUGGGAACAAGGUGUCAUUCCAAACUUGCAUUGAUUCUGUCACUAAAACUAUUAGAGCAACUCGUGUUGCUUGCAAGCGAAAUAUAUUAAGAGGAAGAGUUGAAUCAUUGAAAGGGCAGUUUGGUUUUAUAUCAUACGAUAAUGACGAGGGUAAAAGAAUAUUUUUUCAUAUGAGUGAGUUGAUCGAUAUUCAUUCAAGUGAUUUGAGAACUGGCGAUGAGGUUUCCUUUGCUAUUGUUAAUAACCAUAAAAAUGGCAAAAAAAGUGCAAUACGUGUACAAAAGAUUAUAGAUGAGCGACCAGAACGUUUAGCACGCAGAAGAAGUGUUAGAUUUUCGGAAUGUGCUGCUAGUUCUUUUGUAGUACUUCGUCAUCCUACUGGUCCAGAUGGAACGAGUGGUUUCAAACUUCUGCGUGGUGUAGAUGUUAUGAAAGAACAACUCUCUGAGUUAGAUCUAAGUUGUUCUUAGUGAAUGGAAUAUUUCAGAAUGAUUUUAUAUUAAUGCGCGUUAUUCGAGCUUUAAAAUUUCUGAUGUCUUGAUCAAAUUAGACUUAACAAUACAUUGUCUUGAUGAAACCAGAUUAAACAUUAUUUUCAAAUGUUUGCAAUAAUAAAGAUUUAUUUAUUUAUGAAUCAUUUUAAACAUUGAUAGCA